AUGUCGAGCACCCCGCCCCAUUCUCCCGCUUUCCAUCACCCCGCCCCAUUCAUCACCCCACCCCAUUCUCCCGCUUUCCAUCACCCCGCCCCAUUCUCCCGCUUUCCAUCACCCCGCCCCAUUCUCCCGCUUUCCAGCACCCCGCCCCAUUCUCCCGCUUUCCAUCACCCCGCCCCAUUCUCCCGCUUUCCAUCACCCCGCCCCAUUCGCCCGCUUUCCAUCACCCCGCCCGAUUCUCCCGCUUUCCAUCACCCCGCCCGAUUCUCCCGCUUUCCAUCACCCCGCCCCAUUCUCCCGCUUUCCAUCACCCCGCCCGAUUCUCCCUCUUUCCAUCACCCCGCCCCAUUCUCCCGCUUUCCAUCACCCCGCCCCAUUUCCCCGAUUUCCAUCACCCCGCCCCAUUCAUCACCCCACCCCAUUCUCCCGCUUUCCAUCACCCCGCCCCAUUCUCCCGCUUUCCAUCACCCCGCCCCAUUCUCCCGCUUUCCAGCACCCCGCCCCAUUCUCCCGCUUUCCAUCACCCCGCCCCAUUCUCCCGCUUUCCAUCACCCCGCCCCAUUCGCCCGCUUUCCAUCACCCCGCCCGAUUCUCCCGCUUUCCAUCACCCCGCCCGAUUCUCCCGCUUUCCAUCACCCCGCCCCAUUCUCCCGCUUUCCAUCACCCCGCCCCAUUCUCCCUCUUUCGAUCACCCCGCCCCAUUCUCCCGCUUUCCAUCACCCCGCCCCAUUCAUCACCCCGCCCCAUUCUCCCGCUUUCCAGCACCCCGCCCCAUUCUCCCGCUUUCCAUCACCCCGCCCCAUUCAUCACCCCGCCCCAUUCUCCCUCUUUCCAUCACCCCGCCCCAUUCUCCCGCUUUCCAUCACCCCGCCCCAUUCUCCCGCUUUCCAGCACCCCGCCCCAUUCUCCCGCUUUCCAUCACCCCGCCCCAUUCUCCCGCUUUCCAUCACCCCGCCCCAUUCGCCCGCUUUCCAUCACCCCGCCCGAUUCUCCCGCUUUCCAUCACCCCGCCCGAUUCUCCCGCUUUCCAUCACCCCGCCCCAUUCUCCCGCUUUCCAUCACCCCGCCCCAUUCUCCCUCUUUCCAUCACCCCGCCCCAUUCUCCCUCUUUCCAUCACCCCGCCCCAUUUCCCCGAUUUCCAUCACCCCGCCCCAUUCUCCCGCUUUCCAUCACCCCGCCCCAUUCUCCCUCUUUCGAUCACCCCGCCCCAUUCUCCCUCUUUCCAUCACCCCGCCCCAUUCUCCCUCUUUCCAUCACCCCGCCCCAUUCUCCCGCUUUCCAUCACCCCGCCCCAUUCUCCCGCCUUCCAUCACCCCGCCCCAAUCUCCCUCCUUCCAUCACCCCGCCCCAUUCUCCCUCUUUCCAUCACCCCGCCCCAUUCUCUCGCUUUCCAUCACCCCGCCCCAUUCUCCCACUUUCCAUCACCCCACCCCAUUCUCCCGCUUUCCAUCACCCCGCCCCAUUCUCCCCCUUUCCAUCACCCCGCCCCAUUCUCCCGCUUUCCAUCACCCUGCCCCAUUCUCCCGCAUUCCAUCACCCCGCCCCAUUCUCCCUCUUUCCAUCACCCCGCCCCAUUCUCCCGCUUUCCAUCACCCCGCUGGCAACUGGAAUGUUGUUAG